CCCUUUAAUUAAACGAAACACUAGCAUCAGAUUCUUGUGUUAGAAGUACAAUCUGAGAAGUCUCCCUGUGAGAAAAUGGCAUCCUACCAAAUCUUAGCUUUCGCAGCUUUGUUCUUGAUCUUGUUACCCGUAGCUGUUAAUGGAGAUUUAGAUGACUUAUCUCCUGCUCUAUCUCCUUUCUAUGAUAGGUUGUGUGAUGAUGUUGAUUGUGGAAAGGGAACAUGCAAAGCAGACAUAAGCUACCCUUUGAACUACAUCUGUGAGUGUGAUGCUGGUUGGAAAAGAACUCAAGAUGACAGUGAUGAUGAUGAUGAUCAUAAGUUUCUGCCAUGCGUUAUUCCCAACUGCACUCUUGACUACUCUUGUCAACCAGCUCCUCCUCCAGUACCUCAGCGAGAAGUCCCUCGCAAUUCAUCUUUAUUUGAUCCUUGCUAUUGGGCAUACUGUGGAGAAGGAACCUGCAACAAAACUGCAACAUACAAGUACGUAUGCGAAUGCAGAUCUGGGUUUUCCAAUCUUCUCAAUAGGACAUACUUCCCUUGCUACAGUCAAUGUACCCUCGGAUCCGAUUGCUCCCGCCUCGGGAUUACGGUCGAAAGUCAAGAAGUUACACCCGAUGGUGGAGUAGGGAAAGCCAACACAUUCCUUCCAGGGAAGCUUCAUUGGGUGGCUAUUGGGAUGAUGUCCCUGGCUAUAGUUCUAUGGUAGUAGCUUAAAGUGGACCCUCAGUCACCAGUCUGCAGUUUCAUCACUGAGAGUCGAUUUUACUUGGAUAUUUGAUGAUUUAUGUUUAUUUGAUUAUUGUUCCGGGUUCUUCUUUAUAUAUAUAUAUAUAUAUAUAUACAUUAUUCAUUUCUGUAUAAAUAAGUCAGACCUGGUGAGGGAUGCUGUUUUGUACUCAACUCUAUUUGUAUACUGUGGUUAUUUUUUAGUAUAUACUUGUAUAUAUUCUUUUUUUUGGGGUUA